ACAAGUAACACAAACGAGUAGACUAAGUAAGUGCCAGGAAAGUUCUGAAGGCCCAAAAUGAGCACCUUCAAUAUUCUUCGAACACUCGUUUCCAUUUACGCCGUGCUUUUACUAGUUCAACCCAGCGAUACGACAGUGUUGACCCGUUUGCGAUUGUCGGACAACCUGAAAGAUCUCCGAAACCGCUUGAGAGACUGCGAGCGUAACUCAUUCCCGAAAAUGGUAGCUCCGGUUAAUGUUUUUCACAGCGUGAUUGGAAAGUUUCGAGGUUUGGUUCCAAGAUCGAAUUACGGGAAUGGAAUUUCAGCCGGAAGAUCUAAGGGGUAUGAUGCCGUGAACAAAAACACGAAUACGAACGAGUUUGGACGACGAAGUUACAGUAAUGUCAAUUCGAACACGAAUUCGUUUUCCUUACAACCGAACAAGCUUUACAGAUCCGAACACCGCGGCUCAAAAAUCGACAAAUCGUCAACCACGCGGACAAAGCGGGCGAUUCGUGGAACCAAGUCCGAAUUGGCGACGGCCGACGAAACGAUGAAUAAAGCCCAGACCCUGAUAACUACUUUGGUUGGGACCGAUGAGGUGCAAAAAGUCAAGGAACUAAUAAAAAUUUUAACCGAGGCGUACGAAGAUAAACUGAACCACGAGGCUCUGGAAGCCAUAGUCCGAGCUGUACGCUCUUUAGGGAAGGAUAAUGACCGGGCUGGAAGUACCGGGAAAUUAGAGAAGCGUAAUUACAACGAGAACACCAACAGAAAUGUCUUCAGAUCGGAAAAGCAGAAACAAUCCGUGAGACCGCUGCCUGUGGGAGUUAGCGACAGCGACUUUAAUCGUCGACUAUUUAACCAACGGCAAGCCGCGGAACACGAUUCCAACGAAAGUGGUUCUGACGAUCAUUACGAUGAUGAUCAUAGUCAGGAUCAUAGCGAGGGUCAUGACGAUGAUGAUCAUAGUGAGGAACAUUACGAUCGUGAUCAUAGUGAGGAUCAUUACGACGAUGAUCAUAAUAAGGAUCAUAGCGAGGGUCAUGACGACGAUGAUCAUAGUGAGGGUCAUUACGAUGGUGAUCAUAGUGAGGAUCAUAGCGAGGGUCAUGACGAUGAUGAUCAUAGUGAGGGUCAUUACGAUCGUGAUCAUAGUGAAGAUCAUUACGACGAUGAUCAUAGUAGGGAUCAUAGCGAGAGUCAUGAGGAUGAUGAUCAUAGUGAGGGUCAUUACGAUGAUGAUCAUAAUAAGGAUCAUAGCGAGGGUCAUGACGAUGAUGAUCAUAGUGAGGGUCAUUACGAUGAUGAUCAUAAUAAGGAUCAUAGCGAGGGUCAUGACGAUGAUGAUCAUAGUGAGGGUCAUUACAAUGGUGAUCAUAGUGAGGAUCAUAGCGAGGGUCAUGACGACGAUGAUCAUAGUAAGGAUCAUAGCGAGAGUCAUGACGAUGAUGAUCAUAGUGAGGGUCAUUACGAUGGUGAUCAUAGUGAGGAUCAUAGCGAGAGUCAUGACGAUGAUGAUCAUAGUGAGGGUCAUUACGAUGGUGAUCAUAGUGAGGGUCGUAGUUAUGAGGGCGUAUAUAGUUCUCGGGAGUAUGAAGACCAUGAUGAGAAAGACAAUGAGGACGACGAUUCAUAUAAGUAUAGCACCGUAUCUCGCGAAUGGCAAAAGGAUCUCACGAAAUUAAGACCGUAUGGAAACGUCAACUAUAACAAGAACGUCAACCAAUUUGGCCCCAGAAGGAACAGGGAUGAUUAUGACAAUGCUCCAUUCCGGCGACGACUGAUUACUAAUCGACAGGGUAUGGAUUUGCCAAAAAAGGACAAGAAUCAAAUCGGAAAAAGCGUUAACAUCAACUCGAACAAGAACGAUUUCCGGAACUGGGAGUCAAGACGCAAUACGAACGGCAAUGAAAAUAGCAGUGGAAACCUGUCCGGAAGGGAUGGCUACGAUGAUAAAGAUUUUAUCAAAAUGAUAAACACGAAGAAAGACGGAAAUUUCAACUAUAACGAGAACUCGAAUAUCCUCAGGCGUGACAAUUCGGGCCUUAUGCGCCAUCGGCAUAAUUGAAAAUUACCGACUAAUCAUCACGCGCGGGAGAUUUAUUGAUUUAUAGACCGAGAAACAACCUGAAAGAUGAAUAUCAGCAGGUUGAUCGCUUUUUUGUAUAAUACAAUAAAGAUUGCGUGUUAUCGUAUUACCGUACGACUCUA